GAUAGGGUUUAUGGCUUUCAGUGAGAUAUCAUCUGAGAUUGCUGCUUCACUCUCCACUCUCACAUCCAGAUCUUAUUCCUCCUCGUAAUCAAGUUUUGACUUCAUUUGGAGAGUUUCUGAACUGCCAAUCCUUCCGAAAUGAGCCGGCCAAUGGAGGAAGAUACUGCUGCGGGGAAGAAUGAGGAAGAGGAGUUCAACACUGGACCACUAUCUGUACUAAUGAUGAGUGUUAAAAAUAAUACCCAGGUAUUGAUAAAUUGUCGGAAUAACAAAAAACUUCUGGGUCGUGUAAGAGCUUUUGAUAGGCACUGUAACAUGGUUCUUGAAAAUGUCAGGGAGAUGUGGACCGAGGUGCCCAAAACUGGUAAAGGAAAGAAAAAGGCCCAGCCAGUGAACAAGGAUAGAUUCAUUAGCAAAAUGUUCCUCCGUGGAGAUUCUGUCAUCAUUGUUCUUAGGAACCCCAAAUGAGACUGUGCAAAUCAUCUUGUAGAAGGAAAUGGCCAUGGUAUUUGCCUUUUUGUCUUGUCUUGAAAUUCUUGACAGCCAUUAAAAUUUCUUUGUUCAGACAUUGGCGGAGGAUGUAGUUGGUAUUUUGACCUGGUAACUAUUGAACACUUGUACCAAUAUCCCGUUCUUGUCUACAUCAAAUGGUUUGUAUGGAAUAGUUUAAAAAUGUAUAGUUGUUUUUUGUUUUCCUUAUUUUCUCAUAAUC